CACCACUACGCUGUUAGUAUGCUCCACCGUCUAGGCCCGGCAUUGACGGUCUACGUUGACGUUUCGUGGCCGAGUGCUCGAAGGUAGACAGGCCUGCCACCCAGCCAGCCGGCAAUUAGAACUCUGAGAGAACAACAUCCAGUGACCAGUAACCAUACGUCGGGGUCUGGGCGAAGCCGUAGCGAAGGUUUUCUGUUUCACUCUUUCAUGCGUUCCUUCGAGAGGAUCGAGCACAUGGGAUCGCCGAGCAUAGGCUAGCGCUUGUGAUGGCAGUUUCUUCUAAACCGUGGCUGCGAUCGGAUCGUCGAGAUCAUCGUGUUUAGCAAGCAUGUCCACCACGGAGGUUCACUAUUCGGUGGAGAAGCGCCCGGAAAGUUACGACAAGUACGAGUUCACGUUACCGGAGCUGUACCGGAAGCUGGCGAAGGAGGAGCUUCGCGAGGACGAUGAGAUUCGGGAGCAAUCGUUGGAGCAGAUGAGGGAAUGGAUCGCCAAACAUCCGUACAUCCGCAAGUGCCGCACGGAUUCGUCGUUUCUGUUGCGGUUCCUGCGCUUCCGGAAGUACUCGGUACCGAUGGCGUGCGAAGCCCUGGAACGCUAUCUGGCGAUGAGGGAAACGUUUCCCCAGUGGUUCAAGAAUCUGGACUGUAACGAGUCGGUAAUGAGCGAGCUGCUUUCGGAUGCAGUCUUUAUGAAGCUGGGACAGGAUGGCGAGGGCCGCACCGUGCUUCUGUGUAUCGUGAAGAACCUGAACGUGGAGAAGUUUGGUCCACUGGCACAGGGCCGAAUGGUGGCGCUCUUGAUCGAGUCACUGCUCGAGUGGGAAGAGGUGCAGAUCGGUGGAUUCCGGGUGAUGCUCGACUUCAGUGAGUCCGUCAUGAAGCAUUACGGUGUUUGGGGCGUAUCGGAUAUGAAGAUCUUCAUGGAUGCGAUCAACCGCUCGUACCCGAUACGCUUCCGAGAGAUUCAUGGCGCAAAGCUACCCAAGUUUGCCGUCACCGUGAUCAAUCUGCUUCUCACGUUCGCCAGUACGAAGUUGAAGGAGAGAAUCAUCUGUCACAACACGGUCCUGGAGAUGAAGAGCAAAUUCGACGCCUCGCUGUUACCGCAGGAGCUCGGUGGUGAGCUGGACGGCGCCGAUGCGACACGCAAGUUUCUCAAGCAUCUCGAGACCAGACGGAGCGCUAUACUGGGGCUCGAUGAUAUGGACAUCGAUACAGCCCACUUUUCGUCACUCUGGAGCCAAUCGAAUGUCGUCGAGAACGAGGUUGAGGGUGGUGUUGCAGGCAGCUUCCGCAAACUGAAUGUUGAUUAACUGUUUGUUUUUACUUUACUCCUUAAUCCUAAGGCUUAUACAUUGAAGGCGAUGAUAUACAUUCAUUCUGCAUUCUUUUAACCGUC